AUGAAUCUGGAGACUGGUCGACGCCUGCAGGAAGCGUCGUCACACGGCAUCUCCGUCGUUGCAAAGGCAACACUUAAAGAAGAAGACACCGCGGCCUAUUCUGGGUCCCUUCUUGCGUUAUGCGCGGAAAAGGAUCGAGGUGGUGGGGUGAGUCUUGCUUGCAAGGGGGUUGCAAGUAGGACGUUUGCUAUCUAUACGACUGCCAUUCUGCCUCGAUUAUGGCGGGAUAUUAUUCUACAUGAAAGAGGGAGUGAUUUAUAUGUGACAAGGCUAAACAUCCUUGCUGAGAAGGUGUCGAUGCUAUUACCAAUAUAUACAGCUUUCGAUGAUUUGGCAGACACUUCAAACGGCACGCGUUCGCCCCAUUUGGAGUCACUGCCUGCGUCCCCUAUACUUGAGACAGGACAGUUCUCCAGAAAUUCACUAGCAGAGAGCAAACCAAGUUUUCUGCUAAAUGCAGCUCUGCAUAAACAGCAUUGCAUUAUCGGACAAGGGAGUAUGACCGAGACACUGCUGGUUGCACUACGACGGCCGUGGUGCGUGCUUGAAAUCUGUGUCGGUAGUACACAGGAAGAAUACGGCAAUAGUGGACAAAAAGCAGCAGAAUUUCUGAAAGACAUACUGUCAUUUGCGAGACUGGCUUACGAAAAAGAUGAAUCCGGAUAUGUCAUGGCGGUGUUCUUGCUGGAGCAUGAACUCGACAAGCGCCACGCCGUCAAAACAUCGCACCCUAUGAUUUCCACUCUCCAGAGACAUGGGAGAGGGCAGUUUGAAACAAGGGAGGCCAGCACUUGGAACUGCCAAUUCGACACUACACAAUCAUCACAGCCACACAGAUGGCCACGCACCUCGUAUGCAUAUGCAUCGUGCAACAAAGCCGUGUUUUUACCAAGUUUAACGUCUUUCAACGCCUUUUGGAUACGUCUAAUAUGCGUUUCUGCCGUGGAAGCUGAGUUGAGUUUCUCGGCGCUUGUGGGCAUGCUGGCUGCUAGUAUACCUGGCCAAAUCGGACUAUCGGAUUCAAGGAUAUCGCGUACCACUGUGUUCUCACAAAGGGGAAAACAGGCAAGGAGACAGUCAGACAGCGAGGUGCAUUUGUCGAGGAUCUUCAAUGAUAGUGUUCAAUGUCAAAGUAUUGACAAGCUCGUUAGAGAUAUGCUGCAGUUAUAUAGAGGGGUUGUCCAGAUAGCAGAGGACUAUAUUUGA